GUCAUUUAGAAACAGAGACGUAAGCGAUCAGCUGAUCAGCUGAAGAAAAUUUACACUUUUAUCAGAGAGAAACUUCUCUGCUUUUAUCAAACUUUUUUGAAGAUUUUUGAAUUAAAAGUUUUUCAAAAUUGAUUUUGUUAUUUUUCACAAAAAAUGGUUUUAAAUCUAAUCAAACAGAUUAUACCACUUAAACGACAUCCUUUCAUAAGGAAAACCUUAGCUGCAAAAUUUUAUACUGGAAGCUUGUACGAGCCUGAUUAUUUACAGACAGGAAAAUCGAAAAUUCCACUUCUACCUACGAUAAAUAUACAAAUUAAGGGUUACGACUAUUCGGUGCUCGAAUGUUACCAAGCUUUCAUGAAUAAAUUGGCAGAUAUCAUGCAAAUUGAUGUAGACAACAGUUGGGCAUUACCACCUCAGGAAUUCAAAAUUCAGAGAUAUAAAACUGGAACAACGGCAAUUAUAUCUGAAUAUAAUCUUAAGAUUUAUGAAAGACAUAUACAAUUGUCAGAGGUAUCUAGUACCAAAUGUUCAAUAUUAAUUAGAGCAUUGGAGGCAUCCCUUCCACAAGGUGUUACUCUUAAUGUAGACGUUUAUGAUUCUGCGUUAGAGUUGAAGCGAUAUGUACCAGACAAAGAAUUACUUGAUUUGAAAUCUUCAUUACAUACAUUAAAGACUAAAACUUAAGUAUAAAUUAUUGAUACAGAAAUUUAAAUGCAAUAAAAUGCUUUUAUGUAUAUUAAUGUAUAAAGAUCUUUUCUCAGCAUA